AUGAUAGAUGUAAACAUUGAUGAUAGCGACGAUGACAAAAUGUAUGAUAAAGAUACACAUUUAUUAAUUAAUGGGAACUAUUCAUUAGAAUCAUUUCAAGAUCCGGAAUUAAACUAUAAAGAUGAUGAAUUAGAGAGAUUUUCUAAAAGCGUAUCAUCAGAAUCAGACUCUAGAUUCACUUCAAAUAAAUCACCUACUACUAAAAUUUCUUAUGACGAUUCUCAUGCUAUCCAAGCAAACACAUAUGAUAUAAUUCCAACAUGUGCUGCUCCACAUUCUACUAGUAUAAAUAUAAUAACUGCAACAUCAUGUAUAAGAUGGAUAUUUACUGGGGGAAAUGAUGGAUAUAUCAGAAAAUUUGACUUUUUUUCUAGUAUAAAUGGAAGAAUACCUCUUACUGUUGCUCAAAAGCAUCCUUUUGUAGAUUCGAUAAUAAAUGCAGGCGUUUUAUUAUCUUAUUGGGAGAAUAAAAGUUUACAAGAGUCACCAGCAUCUACAUCAACACAUUCUAACAAUAAACUAUCACCUGUAUACUGUCUAGCUGUUAAUAAACAUGCUUUAUGGAUGCUUUCUAGUCUUGAUACAGGUGAUAUUAAUUUGCAAACUGUUAGACAUGACGAAGGAAAAAUUUUAGCAACUAUGAAACAACAUGUAUCUCCAGUUUCAGUUUUAAAACUUUCUUCAUGCGAAACAAAGGCUUUAAGUGGUAGCUGGGAUAAAAACGUAUAUGAGUGGGAUCUUAAUACUGGUUUACUUUCCCGAUCUUAUGAUAAUCAUACAGGCCAAAUAUCUACUAUUGCAUAUAGACCUAUGUCUUCAUUUAUAAUUACGUCAAAUCCUAUAAAAAAUGAACCUAAAGUUAACAUAAAAUUCAAAAUUAAUGAAACAAAUAACUUUUCAAAAAAUUCUUUUAAUCCAAUCUUUAAUGAUAACGAAGAAAUUAAAGAAAAAAAUAUUCCGGAUUCUUCAGUAAACAAUGACGAUGAUUAUAUUACUAAUUCUACUUUAAAUGAUCAAUUAAUUCAAAGCGAUAAUGAAUUUAUUGUUUCUGGAAUUGACGGAACUAUAACUAUCUGGGAUAAACGACAGUUAAAACAUAUUGCUAAACUAGGAAUACCUAAUAGCACUCCACCGUGGUGCAUGAACGCAUGUUGGUCUAUUGAUGGAAAUUAUAUAUAUGCAGGAAGAAGAAAUGGAACAGUGGAUGAAUUCUCAUUGUAUUCUUCUCUCGAUAAACCGUUACGUUCUAUUAAACUUCCUUUAAAUUCUGGUCCAGUAUCAGCAGUUCAUUCAAUGCCUAAUAAAAAACACCUUAUAUGUGCAUCUUAUGACAAUAUUAGGAUAUACGAUUUAAGCGGAUCUUCUAAAAUCCCCUUUCUAAUAAUACCUGGACAUUAUGGUGGCAUAAUAUCAUCAAUUUAUAUCGAUAGUACUUGCAAAUAUAUGCUUACAGCAAGUGGAAAUCGUGGUUGGGAUGGAAAUUAUACAGGAACUCUUUUGGGAUAUGAAAUAGAAUAUCUAUAA